CAAUAUGGUGGCGCCCAGGGGUACCAUGAGCGAUUCGGAGAGCAGUAACGGUAGCAGCAGCGAGGGCGAUGAGGAGGAGCUGGCGCGGUGUCGCGAGGCAGCGAGACCGGCUUGGGACUUUGAGCCGCCCUCGCGGCCAGCGGAGAAGCCAAAGGCCGAUGCUACAAGUAACCAGUUGCCCACCUCCCAGCCAAGCCUCAGGCGUAAGGUGGACCAGCAUGACCACGAUGGCAAUGAGCUUCAGACCACCCCUGAGUUCCGAGCCCACGUAGCCAAGAAGCUGGGAGCCCUGCUGGACAGCUCCAUCACCAUCUCAGAAGCAGUGAAGGAGCCACGAAAAGCUGAGGCACAGAAAGCGGCCUCAGAGGACGAUGGCUUCCGCCUUUUCUUCACAUCUGUCCCUGGAGACCCCAAGGAGGAAGCUUCUCCUCAGACCCGCCAAAAGCGACGGCCCCCCAGCUCCAGCAGUGAGGACAGUGAGGAGGAGUGGCAGCGAUGCCGGGAGGCGGCCGUGUCAGCUUCUGACAUUCUUCAGGAGUCAGCCAUUCACAGCCCUGGCAUGGUGGAAAAGGAAACCAAGGAGAAGAAGAAGAAGUUGAAAAAGAAAGCCAAGAAGGUGGCCACCACAGACUUGGCCAUAGCAGCCACCCCUGCCAGUGAGGCCACAGCUCCCAGACAGGAAAAGGAGACUGGCAAAGUUAAUGGAGACAGGGUGUCACUUGGGACCAAGAAGAAGAAAAGGAAGAAAAAGAUCAAGCAGGCCAGUGAGGCUUCCCAGUGUCCACAGACAGAGUGAAACAGCUGUGCCUGCAAAUUGACCCCAGGCUGUCGGUGCCGUGCCCACCAGCUCUAAGGAUGGGGCACCCAGAGGAGACAGUGCAUAUCUGGGCCUCACCUCCCUCCAAGUUCAAGCAUGGACUACCCACAAGACCCUGACCAUGAUCCAGCUUGCCCAAGAGUCUAGUAAAGAAGUGACUGGGGUGAGAAGCCUGGGUGAGCUGAACAGACCAGCGGGUUCCAGAACAUUCCAUGGGCCUCAGAAGCCUUUGAGCUGUUAAGAGACUAGAGGCCAAGUGGUAUAGCUUCUCUUGCUCCAGUACUACCCAAAGUGGGCAAAUAGCAGGAGACAUUCCUCCAUCCCCAUGCUCCCAGCCUGACAUGACUAGUGGUCUUUAGGAAAGGAGGCCAGGGGUCCUCAAGCUGCUGAGGCCCUGAGAAAAACUUCUGUACUCCCUAUGCCCCUUCCCCCAUCUCCCCACCCUCAUCCACUUACACUGGACAGACAUUAUCUGGAAAAGGAGGGAAGAUUCUUUUUUUCCCGGUUUUCCAGAAUUUUCUUUCUCCACAUUUGUAAAUAUACCAUGCACAAUAA